AGAAACAUCAGCUCAAGAAGACAAGAAGAACUGUUAAACAACAGAAAGAAAUCCUCUGUUUAUCAGGAAGAAGACAACAUCUCACAAAAUGUCUUGCAGAAAGAAAUGUUAUGGCCGUUUCGCUCCCAUUCAGUUUGAGUCUGACAACUGCAGGAAGGGGAAGGAAUACAUACCUAUUUGGAAGAAGGAUUUCAAUGCCCCGUGUUUUGAUGUCUGUAAUGACGCUGGCAGAAAAGAGGUUGUUUGCAAGAAGCCUUGCAGUUACCCUUGCGACCCUGUGAUGCCAUGCCAUGAUUGCACCUGCAAGAAAAACUGCAACGUGGCGUCCUGCGUGCCAGGUUGCGGUAACCUUUGCAGUAAACCUUGCAGGUUUGCACCCCCAUGCCAUGACAACGGUUGUGUGUGCAAAAGCACACGACCAUGUGGAAGCAAGCCGAGCGGCCAUUUUCCAGAGUUGUGUUCUGGGGCGUGCGGCAGUCCCUGCAGCCUUCUGAAACCUUGCCAUGACAUCAAGAAUGUUUUCAAGAGGAUUCGUACCGACUGCAGAGGCCUGCAACCGUGUGGAGAAGAGUCCAUCGGACGCUUUCCAUUCUUUAAAGUCAAACCGGAUGGGGCCUGUGGCAAGCCGGAUCGUGAAGACUUCUGUUUCAACUAAAGUCAUGCAAUGAUCUGUUUAAUCAUGGUUUGGAUUGUGGUGUUUGCAAUCCUCGUGUUUCUUUAUUUAGAAGUAGUGAAUAGUUGUUGUUGGUCAUUUACUGAAACACAAAAAUUGAUUGAAACCAUAAACAACAACUUGGAAAAUAAAGAUGUUAAAAAUGA